AGUACAUCCCACCCUGUAGAUGUGCUCCUUGCUUGAUAAACCAGGUCCGCAGUCCGAUUUAGGGGCUCGUGUUCUGGAACAGUUAAGGAAACCAUGCUCUGUUGUUGUUAGCUAGUUUCGCUACUAGCACUCCUUUUUUGACCUGAGUUGAUCGUGUUUGAAGCGGAUUUCCGAUCUAAAUUUUUAUAAAUUAAAAAAAAAACCAUUUUUCCAACAAAAAAACUUCCAAAGAAAAGAGUUGAAAUUCUUUGACUCUUCUCGACUUUUGCUCAAUUUUCACUUAUCUUCUAGAAGAAGUACGCUUUCCAACUUUCCUUCUCUUUUUUCUCAUCCCAAUCCCUUCCCAAAUCCCUGCACCUGUUAUGUUACGCAUGCUCCCCUUUGUGUUUGAACAUGGAUCGACGGAUCGAACGAUGGAUGGAUUCUCUGGAACUGUUACUGGAACAGUCUCUCGUGCUUCGGACACUGCUACAUCCCUCUCUCUUCCCCCCUCCCCCUCUUUGUUGGAAAGUUAGUACGAAACUUCUGAAAUCAGAAGUUUCUCAAUCAUUUUCUCAUUUAGUAUCAAACUUCUAAAAACAGAAGUUCAACUUCUACAAACAGAAGUUUAAAUAUAACACCGCUAAGACAACUGUCUGAAACGGGAGAUCGGAAUUGAGGCUUAAACACAUCAUAAACCGUACUCAGAGGUAGCGAAUAAAGGCUAAUGAUCAACAUCAUGCUAGUACUUCUGUUCCUAACGAACAAUGAGAACCGAUGUUGGGCCCAUACUGCGAUAAGAUCGGGCGGUUCUUGCUCUAUGGAAUACUUGGGUGAUGAUGUGCAGUUCUUACGGUGUAGAGCAUCACAUGAAGAAGCAACUCCUAUUCUAAGCUAUCGCCACCACCUGCAUAAUCACCAAGCAACAGCAAGGAGCAGCAAAAGGACGACCGAGAAAAUCAGAAGAAGAAGGAACGAACGACGACGGAAUGAAGACAUGGACAAAAGGUGGCGAUAGUAUGGAGUUGGAACAGUUGGAACGAGAUCUCACUCAAAAGAUCUCGAGCGACGAUGGAUCGGGAUGGAUCGGGAUGGAUCGGAAUGGAUCGGGAUGGAUCGGGAUGGGUCGGGAUGGAUCGGGAUGGAUCGGGAUGGAACGAUGGAUUCGAAUGCGACGAUCGGUAUCGGCGGACGGGAUGGAUUCGGAAUGGAUGAGGAUGGAUCGGAAUAGAUGAGGAUGGAUCGGAAUGGAUCGGAAUGGAUCGGGAUGGAUCGGAAUUGAUCGGGAUGGAUCGGUAUAGAUUGGGAUGGAUUGGGAUGGAUGAAAUCGGAUGAAGGCAAGAACAACGACGACGACGACGACGACGACGACAAGGAAAGAAAGAUCGGGAUGGAUGAAUCGAGAAAAAAUUUAAACAAUGCUUUAGAUAAUCUGCUUUUUUACAGAUCGACGCGACGACGAAGAUUAGGAUGGGUGGAUCGGAAUGGAUCGUAAUGGAUCGGGAUGGAUCGGGAUGGAUCGGUAUAGAUUGGGAUGGAUUGGGAUGGACGAAAUCGGGUGAAGGCAAGAACAACGACGACGACGACGACAAGGAAAGAAAGAUCGGGAUGGAUGAAUCGAGAAAAAAUUUAAACAAUGCUUCAGAUAAUCUGCUUUUUUACAGAUCGACGCGACGACGAAGAUUAGGAUGGGUGGAUCGGAAUGGAUCGUAAUGGAUCGGGAUGGAUCGGGAUGGAUCGGUAUAGAUUGGGAUGGAUUGGGAUGGACGAAAUCGGGUGAAGGCAAGAACAACGACGACGACGACGACAAGGAAAGAAGGAUCGGGAUGGAUGAAUCGAGAAAAAAUUUAAGCAAUGCUUCAGAUAAUCUGAUUUUUUACAGAUCGACGCGACGACGAAGAUUAGGAUGGGUUGAUCGGAUCGUAAUGGAUCGGGAUGGAUCGGGAUGGGUCGGAAUGGAGAAUUGGCACGGAUAGGCAUGGUUGGAUCGGGAGGCGAGAGCAAGGACAAGGACAACGAAGGAUCGGAAUGGUAAAGAAAAAUUUAAAUUAUGCUUCAGCUAAACUGAUUUUUUACAGAUCGACGAUAGAGACGACGAAGAAGGAUCGGGCCGGAAGGAUCAGGCCGGAAGGAUCGAGAUGAGACGACGGUGUUCAGAGAGAGUCCGGAAACACGAAAAAUGGUAAGGAAAGAUUUGAAUGAUGCUUCAGCUAAACUGAUUUUUUACAGAUCUACGAUAAAAGCGACGACGACGAACAGGAUGGAUGGAUCGGAAUGGAUCAGAAUUGUUGGAUCGGGAGAAGGCGAGAACCACGGCAACGAUGACGACGAUGAGGACAACAAAGGACCGGAAUGGUAAGGAAAGAUUCAAAUGAUGCUUCAGCUAAACUGAUUUUUUACAGAAUUAUGAUGAAGACGACGACGAAUGAUGGAACGGAACGAAAUCAGGACAACACUUUAUAAUUUAUUUUAUAUUUCAUUUUAUUCUUAAUUUCACUUUGUUUUAAUUAAAAAAACUCUUUUCACUUGUUAUCAGUGUGAAACAAUAAAAUCUUUCUCGAUCUUAAAACCUG